GUGGAGGCCCAGCAGCAGAAGGGUCAUGUUUGCCGAGUUUUGCAGCAGAUGAAGUUGCAUUAUAUCUCGAUUUUAUCCGCAGUUUCAAUCAUACCGACAUAAUUAUAGAUAUGUGUUGAAUGAAUUCAGAUCACGUCCACCAGAAUGGGGAUCCAGGAAUUGAUGGCCUCACUAGGGGAGAACCCCUACUUCAGUGCCGGCUUUGGUCUCUUUGGCGUGGGGGCAGGAGCGGCAGUGUUGAGGAAGGGAUACAUGGUUGGCCUGAUACUGUUUCGCCGCCACUACAUGACAACACUGGAAGUUCCUUGCCGAGACAAGUCCUACAGUUGGUUGCUCCAGUGGAUUACGCACAAGGGAGCUCGCAAUACUCAGCACCUCAGUGUAGAGACGAAGUUCCAGCAAAUAGAAACUGGGAAAAUAACGACUCGUCAUGACUUUAUUCCUAGUGUUGGGGAACAUUUCUUCUGGUACAGAAGGACUUGGAUACGUGUUGAGAGGAUAAGGUCCGACCAAACCAUAGAUCUUCACAUGGGUGUCCCUUUCGAAUCCGUUAAGCUUACAGCCUUUGGCAAAAACAGAUCUCUGUUUGUUGAUAUUUUAGAAGAGGCACGUGAUAUGGCAAUAAAGCAGAAUGAGGGGAAGACUAUCAUGUACACAGCCUAUGGUGCAGAAUGGCGACAGUUUGGCAACCCAAGAAAACCACGACCAAUCAGCUCAGUUGUCCUCGAUCGUGGAUUAUCUGACAAGAUCGUCAAAGAUGUAAAAGACUUCAUGGAAAACCCUGAGUGGUAUUCCAGUAGAGGAAUUCCAUACCGUCGUGGCUAUCUCCUACAUGGGCCUCCAGGCUGCGGCAAAAGCUCAUUCAUUACGGCAUUAGCAGGGGAACUGCAGCUUGGCAUUUGUGUCCUUAACCUGAGUGAAAGAGGUCUCACAGACGACCGCCUGAACCACCUGCUGGCUCUUGCUCCUGAGAAUACCAUAAUUUUGUUGGAAGAUGUUGAUUCAGCUUUUGUCAGCAGGGAAGACACAGCAGAGAUGAAAGCUGCAUAUGCAGGCCUCAAUAGGUUAACUUUUAGUGGGCUUUUGAACUGCCUUGAUGGGGUUGCCUCAACGGAAGCCAGAAUUGUAUUUAUGACUACAAACUAUCCUGAGAGAUUGGAUCCAGCUUUAAUCAGACCUGGCCGUGUUGAUAUGAAAGAAUACAUUGGCUACUGCACACCAUAUCAGCUGGAGACCAUGUUCAGCCGAUUUUAUCCAGAGGAACCACCCCUUUCCGUUCAUGCUUUUUCCCAGGUAUGUAUGGGUGGGAUUCAGUGUGACAGUGGUUGA